AUGGGCAAGGAUAAGACGUCCAAGAAGAAUCAAUCUUCAAAUCCUCCCGUGCCAGCUGCGGGCCGAUCACCGAGUUGGCCACCGUUUAAGCCUCCUCUACCUAUUGUGCAACUCAACCCAGAAGCUCCUGUUCCCGGAUUGGGGGAUAAAAUAAUCUUACUACGAAAUUUCUGGCCGAAAACCCUCUGCCGUGACUACGUCAACUUCCUCAAAACAUUGCCCUUAGCAACUACACCUGGUCGUCCAAAGCGUGGCGAAGCGCUAAGGGUUAACGAUAGGUUCCAAAUAGAUGACGCCCGCUUCGCAGAGAAACUAUGGCUUGAAACAGGGCUCAAAGAUGCUCUGCUAGAUGAAUCCUCCAGACAUCUAUGGGGUGGUGACGCGGUAGGCUUGAAUCCUAACAUCCGAGUCUAUCGUUAUUCCAGAGGUCAAUACUUUGAUUGCCACUAUGACGACUCAAAUCUAGUAACCCUACAGAGUCGUAAUGAACCAUCCGGUACCAUCAAUACCAAAACAACUUGGACGCUAUUGCUAUAUCUAACUUCGGCGGCCGAAGGAUGUGUUGGCGGAGAAACUGUUUUCUACCCUCUAGAUCGCAAAUCGCCAAAGGAAGAAAUCGCCAUUGCCCCCGAAACAGGGCUACUACUACUUCAUAAGCAUGGGGAAGAUUGUUUGCUAGCACGUCAACCAGUGAUUUUUCUUUUAUCUAAUAAUACUAACUGUGUUCUCAGCACGAAGGCCGACAGGUAA